AUGGAUGAGAGGUUCAACAAGUGGCUGCUCACGCCGGUGCUCACGCUCCUGUUCUUGAUCAUCAUGUACCAGUACGUGUCCCCCACCUGCACCAGUUCCUGUACCAACUUUGGGGACAAGUUCCACGCUGGGGAGUCGGGUCAGGUUGCAGCCGCCCCAGCGGGUCCCCGAGAGGACCAGCAGCAACCACCGCUCCGGGACCAGGGAGCCGAGAUUCCGGGGGCACCGGCGGCACAGCUGGCCGGGCCAGCGCAGGAGACAGAGGAAGAAUUCGAGGAGUUGGAAGAGGAGGAGGAAGAGCAGGACAGAGAAUCCCCGGACAAUGGCUCUUUGCCCAAAUUUGUGCCUCGCUUCAACUUCUCGGUUAAGGACCUGACUCGUUUCGUGGAUUUCAACAUCAAAGGACGGGACGUGAUCGUCUUCUUGCACAUCCAGAAGACUGGGGGCACUACCUUCGGGCGGCACCUAGUGAAGAAUAUCCGGCUGGAACAGCCCUGCAGCUGCAAGCCUGGCCAGAAAAAAUGCACCUGCCACAGACCGGGCAAAAAGGAGACGUGGCUCUUCUCGCGCUUCUCCACGGGCUGGAGCUGUGGGCUGCACGCCGACUGGACAGAGCUCACCAACUGUGUGCCGGCCAUCAUGGAGAAGAAGGACUGUCCUCGAAACCACAGCCGCACCAGGAAUUUCUAUUAUAUCACAAUGCUGAGGGAUCCAGUUUCCCGUUACCUGAGUGAAUGGAAACAUGUCCAGAGAGGGGCCACUUGGAAGACAUCUCUUCACAUGUGUGAUGGGAGAAGCCCAACUCCAGAUGAAUUGCCUACUUGCUACCCAGGGGAUGAUUGGUCUGGCGUCAGCUUGAGGGAAUUUAUGGAUUGUGGCUAUAACCUGGCCAACAAUCGCCAGGUCCGUAUGCUGGCAGAUCUUAGCCUGGUGGGAUGCUACAACUUGACUUUCAUGAACGAGAGUGAGCGGAAUAUGAUCUUGCUGCAGAGUGCCAAGAACAACCUGAAGAACAUGGCCUUCUUUGGGCUCACAGAAUUCCAGCGGAAAACUCAGUUUCUAUUUGAGAGGACAUUCAAUCUCAAGUUCAUCUCCCCUUUCACGCAGUUUAACAUCACACGGGCCUCUAAUGUGGAGAUCAAUGAAGGGGCCCGCCAGCGCAUUGAGGAGCUGAACUUCCUGGACAUGCAACUUUAUGAGUAUGCAAAAGACCUUUUCCUGCAACGCUACCACCACACCAAACAGCAGGAACACCAGAGAGACAGGCAGAAGAGGCGAGAGGAGCGGAGGCUGCUGAAGGAGCAUCGGGCUCACAGGUGGCAGAAGGAGGAUGAGACAGCAGUCACAGAGGACUAUAACAGUCAAGUGGUCCGAUGGUGA